UCGAUCUAUGAAAUCUCCAUUCAGUUUUGAAGUCAAAGCAUGCGUUAGUUGAACCUCAAGCUUGUCAGUUGCAUUUCACAGAUUUAUUAGUAAAGUUUGGCGCGCAGAGAGAGUGGAAAUUCAUCAUGAAUAUCUACUACUUCUUAUUCUCGCACUACUGUAGCUAUAAAACAUCCAAUCACAGCUUGACACCUGUCUUUAUUUGACUUAGUUCUGUUUGUUUUUUUUUUUCAAGUGAACGAGUCUAGAACGACGUCGUUUUGCCUCCGACACUGUUCAUCCCUGACUCCCGUGAACCCUAAGUCUCUAAUCGCGUGUCUUCUCUUCCUCUCUACCUACUCCGCCGUACGAUCCACCUCCGUCUGAUUUCGAGCCUUCUCUCUCACAACCGUCACUUAAUCUAGGUGUGGUUCCGUGUUAGCCUUCGUCCUUCAACCUCUCUGUCAGCAAUCCAUCAAUAGAGUCUCUUCCGAUUGAUCUAAUGAGGAAUUGCUUUCUGCAGCCGCUUGAUCUUUAUUUGAAGCCAACUUUGCCUUCGAUUAAUGGUGAACCAAUCCCUGAUCUACAACACAAUUGGUUUACUGUUGAUUUGUCAUCCUCCUCACGAAAACCCCAACUACUAUGGUUGAAUGCAUCAGCUGAAGUUGUAUACUCUAUCAAAUGAGAUGAACUCCAUUCGAAGUUUAUGCCCUGGUCGACAAGCAUGGAAAAUCAGAGCUAGAGUUAUUAGAAAGUGGGAGAUGGAACCUAAUGCUGAACCUUCCAAACCUUAUGCUAUGCAGCUUGUGUUGAUUGAUUCAGAGGGUUGCAAAAUAGAGGCAAAUAUUAAAAAGUAUUUGAUGAGCAAAUUCCAGAGGGAUAUAGUUGAAGGAAAUGUUUACAUUUUUACAUUUUUCGUUUUGGUGGACAACAAUGGUGCUUAUCGUGCUGCUGAACAUGAGUACAAAAUUUUGUUCAAUAGUAAGACUAAGGUCCAAAUUGACCAGUGUGAUACCAUUCCAAUGCUUGGGUUAACAUUGAAGGAUACAUCUGAAAUUAAGAUGACUAUGGGGGAGUCUGACUACCUUAUGGAUAUUAUUGGGUUGGUCACAGCUGUAUCUGAUGAGCAACAAUUUCCAAAGUCUGGAAAUGUUACUAGAAGAAUUGAAAUGGAGAUUACUGAUGACAAGGGAAAGAUCAAGAUGUCUUUAUUUGGCAAGUACGUUGAUAUGGUUAAAGGAUUUCUUGCUGCUGAUGGAGUUCGACUUGCAGUUAUUAUUGUGCAAUUUGCCAAAGUUAAGACAUACAGAGGAGAAGUUGUUAUUCAAAAUGUUAUGCAAGCUACUAAGUUGUUUUGGAAUGCUGAUAUUCCUGAAGUUUCUGUUUUUCGUGAUGGUAUUGCCUUACAUGGUCUUGAUUCUGAUUUGCCUAUUGGUAAAAUUGGUGGUGGAUUCCGCAAUGUGCCUGCCAAUGAGGAGUUUAUUAGCAUGUAUCCUAAGAAGAAUAUUGUGGAGUUGCAUGACACAGCUGAGGAGGGUUUGUUCAUAGUCCUAGGAAAGAUUAGUGGAUUAAUUGAGGGUGAGAAGUGGUGGUAUGCAUCUUGCCAAUGCCGCAAAGCUGUGACUAUUGAAGAUGGUCUUUAUUACUGUGGUUCUUGCUGCACUCAUGUUGUUGAGUUUACUCCCAGAUUUCGCCUCAAGUUUGAGGUUUGUGAUGGAGAUGAACUUGCUACAUUUGUCAUGUUUGACACAGAUUGUCAAAAUAUGCUUGGGAAAAGCUGCAGAGAGUUGGUUAUGUUCUCAAAGGGAAAAGCUUCUGAUGAAUACCCUGAUGAUAUAAAGGCACUUAUUGGAAAGGAGGCUCUUUUCAAAGUUGAGAAGUUAAGUGACCAUGGAACAAAGUAUGAUGAUUCAUACAAAGUCAAGAAAACAUGUGAUGACAAGUUCAUAAUUGAUCUUUUCAAUGACAAGACCAAGAUUGAAACCCCAACAAAGCUAAUUAUUGACCCAUAUGGAUCCAACUUUGAAUCAGAUGACAAAGAACCUUUGUUUACUGAUAGUUCUCUUGGUUCUGCUAGCCAAUUCUCUUCUGUUGCUGACACAAAUGUUUCUCUUGAUGACAUUUCUCCAUUUGGAGAUUCAGCUGUUAGUGUGCCAGCUUCCAAACCAGGCAGUGAAGAUGGAAGUACAUCCAAACCUCCUAGGAAGAAGAGGUUGGUCCAAGUGAAGAAUGAAAAGUGAAGCUGUUAUUAUGAUACUAUAAUGAACAUCUUUAGAGUAGUAUUAUGGUUGUUCUUUCAUGGAUAUCAAAUUCUAUUUUGUAUCUCUAAGUAUUAUGAAGUGUGUCACCAUUCUGAGUAGUAUUAAUGUGUUUGGGUGUUAUCUAUUAUAUAAUUAGAUUUCAGGGAUUCUAAUGUGUAACUUCCAAGACAUAUGUUUAUUUGAAGCUUCUUUUUAUAUAA